AUGUCAAGGCAAGGCAUCAAACCAAACCGGCUCACCUUCCCUUUACUUCUCAAAGCUUCCAUCUCUCUUUCUUCCCUCCCUCUCUCAACCGCCCUUCACACCCAAAUAUUCAAAUUCGGCUUCGGAGCAGAUAUCGUUGUCGUGACCGCUCUUGUCGAUGCCUUAUGUAAAUGCUCGGAUGUGGGUAGCGCACGUAAGGUGUUCGAUGGAAUGACUGGGAAAGAUGUCGCUGCGUGGAAUGCGAUGUUGUCUGGCUAUUGUCGAAAUGGGUACGUGGAUGAAGUUUUGUUAGUGUUCGCUCGGAUGCAAUCCUGUGGCGUCGAGCCCAAUUCAUUGACUCUCUCUAUUUUGCUUCAAACAUCUUCUUCUUCCGACAAUGGAGAUUGGAGGAGGCUUGGAAGGUGUGUUCAUGGUUAUGUUUUUCAGCGGCAGGCAAACGGAGGAGUUGGAGAUGUUAAUGACGUGUUCUUGUAUAAUUCUCUUCUGGUUUUCUACAACAAGAGCGGGAAUAUUGAAUUCGCUGAGUGUCUGUUCGAGAGAAUGUCCAGGAGAGAUGUGGUGUCUUGGAAUGCGAUGAUGUCAGGGUAUAGCAGAAAUGGGUAUGCUCAUGAGGCGUUGAGGACAUUUCAUCGAAUGCAAGCGGAAGGAUUCUGUCCUGAUCUUGUCACACUGGAGACGGCACUUCAGGCUUGUGCUCAGGCAGGAGAUGCAAUUGAGGAUGGUCGAUCAAUCCACAAGUUUAUGGUUGAGUGUGGAUUCUCUCUGAACAUUUACGCUGAGAAUUCACUUCUUCUUAUGUACUGCAAAUGCAGAGACAUAGAUUCUGCAGGCUAUUUGUUUGAUGGAAUGCGUGUUAGAAAUCUUGUCUCUUGGAACAUUCUGAUUGAUGGGUAUGUUCAGAAUGGGCAGCCCCAAAAGGCUUUACUCUUGUUCAAGUACACCCGAAUGGUUGAGAGGACUGUCAGCUCUGAUUUGCUGGUGAGUGCUCUCCAAGCUCUUAAGCUGUUGGGAGGACAUCCAGAAGAACAUAUAAUGUGUAUCCAUUGUCUAGUUAUAGUGACGGGACUUGAUUCCAAUGCUUUUGUUACUAGUUCCCUUGUUGCCUCGUAUGGGGAAGGUGGGAAUGUUGAGACUGCUCUUAGUUGCUUCAAUUAUUCUGCUUACAGGAGAAAUAGAACUAAUAGGGUAAGCUGGAAUACGAUGCUUUCUGUGUAUGUCUUUAACAGAUGCUGCAAUGAAGCAAUAGAACUCUUCCGAACAAUGCAGUUUGAGGCAUACGAAUGUGAUGCCAUCACUCUUGUCAAUGCACUGCUUGUAUGUACCCAACAAUCAGAUAUGAAACAGGGGAAGGCAAUUCAUGCUUAUAUAAUCAGGAACCAGUUUGAGCCAAACGUUGUUGUUACUACUGCACUACUGGAAUUGUAUCUUCAAUGCAAGUUGCUAAAUGUGGCAUGCUUAUUGUUCUCUAAGAUGCAUCGAAGGAACGUAGUCUCGUGGAACACAAUGAUAUUUGGAUGUUGCCAAAAUGGAUUUCCAGGGACCUCUUUGAAUCUCUUUCAUCACAUGCUACAACAGGACAACAUGGCACCAGAUGCAACCACCGUGGUGGGAGUUAUUGAAGCCAUUUCUCAGAGAGGAUUUGAGAGUGAAGGAAAAUACAUACAUGACUACGCAAUUCACUUAAAUUUAGAUAAAGAUGAGUUUGUUGUGAAUUCGCUGAUAGCAAUGUAUGCAGGGUUUGGCAAUUUCGAUAGAGCAAGUUUGGUAUUUGAUGAAGUUAAUAAACUCAGCACAGUUACAUGGAACGCCAUGAUCUCCGAGUAUUCUCGUCAUGGCUUGCCGGACAAGGCAAUAGCAGUUUUUCACCGAAUGAAGAUUGAAAGUGUGGCUUCUGAUUCAAUCACCUUACUUUCUAUCCUUCCUGCAUGUGCACAUUUAGCAUCCUUAAGCUGCGGUAUGUGGAUUCAUUCCAUCGUUUGUAAAACUGGGUAUGAAUCCGAUGUUUUUGUUGGAACUGCACUGAUAAACAUGUAUGCAAAAUGCGGUGAUAUAAAGAUGGCUCGUCUGGUUUUUGAGAGGAUGGGUUUUAAAACGACAGUUUCAUGGAAUUCCAUGAUUUGGGGGUAUGGAAUGCAUGGAAACGCAGAGGAAGCAGAAAAGCUUUUCUUGGCAAUGCAGCUGUUGGGACUAGAUCCUGAUAUUGUUACUUUUCUUGUCCUUAUAUCAGGUUGCAGCCAUGCUGGGAAUGUACAGAAGGGUCGUCAGUAUUUUGAUCUCAUGACCAGAGAGUAUUCAAUGUCACCAAGAAUAGAGCAUUUUUCCAGUGUGGUGGAUCUACUCAGCCGCAAUGGACUCGUCCAAGAGGCAUUUGAGUUCAUUGAGAAAAUGCCGGUUGCGCCACAUACAUGCACAUGGGGCCCUCUGCUUGGUGCUUGUCGGGUACAACGGGACAUCAGAGCAGGGUUGGUAGCAGCUGAGAAAGUGUUUGAAUUGGACCCUUUUCACUGCGGAUACCAUGUACUGCUGGCUAACAUGUACUCAGAAUCAGGACGAUGGGCUGAUGCAUCUAUGAUAAGAAGCAAGAUGAGAGAGAGAGGAGUCGGGAAACAGCCUGGAUGGAGCAUGGUUGACUACCACAUCUGA